GACUGACUGUCAUUGGUCAGGGGAGCCUGGCUGGGAGGAGCUGUCAUAAUACCUUUCCCGCGACCAACAAUGCUAGUACCAUUGAAUAGGACACACACAGGCUAGGCAGUUCACAUACAGAGAUAUUCACAAGAGGGAAAGGACCUCCUGUUUUCAUUAAAGUACAGGGAAAAGGCCCUGCUGGAAACGUUUUCAGAGCCAGUAAAGUAUGAUCUUUUGAGAACAUCAUGGGCAAGGUUCAAGUUAAGCCCAAAGUGAAUUUGUCUUCAUACGUCCACUUUUUACUGAACUGCAGGAACAAACACAAGGAACAACAGCCGAAUGCUUAUAUCAACUUCAAAGAGUUCUCCAAAAGGUGCUCAGAAAAGUGGAAGACAAUCUCUAAGCACGAAAAGUCCAAGUAUGAAGCCAUAGCCAGAUUGGACAAAGCACGUUACCAGAAAGAAAUGAAAAACUAUGUUCCUCCCGUGGGAAUGAAGAAAAGGAAAAGAAGGAAGAAGGACCCCAAAGCUCCCAAGAGACCACCCUCAUCUUUUUUCCUCUUCAGUCGGGAGCAUUAUACAAAGAUCAAAAGUGACAAUCCACACUGGUCCGUGGUUCAAGUGGCAAAGCUUCUGGGGGAGAUGUGGUCCAAAAAGUCAGAGCAAGACAAGCAGCCUUAUGAAGAGAAGGCAGCUAGACUGAGAGCCAAGUACCACCAAGAACUCAUGACUUAUCGGGUUAAUCAUGGUCAGGGAUGUUCAAGGAAGAAAGGACCAGGGACGUCUGGCCAAUAUCAGAGCAGAAAGAAAUCCAAGUCAGACAAGAGUGAAGACUAUGAUGAAUCUGAUUCAGAAGGCGAGCUGGAUUAGAGACAAAGACAUGAAUGAUGAAAGAAAAAUAAAUGCCAUCGAACAUGGUA